GUAGCCGAGAUAAAGGAAUCCGGAUCAGCUUUGCGCCUAUCAAGGUCCAAGUCAAGAUGUCGGUCAGUAACCACGAAAACAGAAAGUCUCGCUCUAGCUCCGGCUCCAUGAAUAUCCAACUCUUCCACAAGACGUCCCACGCCGACAGCCUGUUGACUCAGCUCAACCUGCUACGCAAACGAAAGGUCUUCACAGAUGUUGUCCUGAAGGCCGGAAACAGAUCCUUCCCCUGCCACCGGGCUGUCCUGGCCUCCUGUAGCCGAUACUUUGAGGCCAUGUUCAGUGGCGGCCUCAGGGAGAGUCGUGACGCCGACGUCAACUUCCAUGACUCUCUCCACCCAGAGGUGCUGGAGCUCUUGCUCGACUACGCCUACUCGGCCCGAGUCAUCAUCAAUGAGGAAAAUGCAGAGUCGCUCCUUGAAGCCGGCGACAUGCUUCAGUUUCACGACAUCAGGGACGCAGCGGCAGAGUUUCUAGAAAAGAACCUCCACCAGUCGAACUGUCUGGGGAUGAUGCUGCUGUCAGACGCCCACCAGUGCCAGAGACUGUAUGAGCUGUCGUGGAGGAUGUGCCUGGCAGACUUUGCUACUCUCUUCAAGACAGAGGACUUCCUCAGCCUGCCCAGAGACAAAGUAAAGGAGCUGAUCCUCAGUGAGGAACUUGAGGUGGAGGAUGAGAGCCUGGUGUACGAGGCUGUUAUUGACUGGGUCAAGGCCGACAUGGAGCGCAGGCACAGCGAGCUGCCCGAGCUGCUGCGUUGUGUCCGCCUGGCACUACUCCCUGAAACGUACCUGCUGAAGAACGUCGCUUCAGAGGAGCUGGUGAUGUGCCAUAAGGUGGGUCGGGAGAUUGUUGAAGAUGCCGUACGGUGCAAAAUGAGGAUCCUCCAGAAUGACGGUAUUGUAACGGGGUUCUGUGCCCGGCCAAGAAAGGUUAGCCAGGCCCUACUGCUGCUGGGAGGACAGACUUUCAUGUGUGAUAAAGUCUAUAUGAUCGACAACAAGACUAAGGAGAUCACCCCCAAAACAGACAUCCCCAGCCCCAGGAAAGAAUGCAGCGCCUGUGCUAUUGGUUGCAAGGUUUAUGUUACUGGAGGCCGUGGCUCUGAAAAUGGGGCCUCCAAAGACGUCUGGGUCUACGACACAUUACACGACGAGUGGUCCAAAGCUGCGCCUAUGUUGGUAGCCAGAUUCGGACAUGGGUCUGCAGAGCUCGACCACAUGCUCUUUGUGGUGGGAGGACACACUUCCCUCGCAGGAUCCUUCCCUGCAUCUCCAUCUGUGUCUCUCAAACAGGUGGAACAGUACGACCCUCAGACCAAUAAAUGGACCCUGGUGGCUCCGCUCAGAGAAGGAGUGAGCAACGCUGCUGUCGUCGGUGCCAAAAACAAACUCUUUGCUUUUGGGGGCACCAGUGUAAACAGAGACAAAUACCCCAAAGUGCAGUGCUUUGACCCUUGCCAGAACCGGUGGUCUGUGCCGGCCGCCUGUCCACAGCUGUGGCGCUACACUGCAGCGGCUGUGGUUGGUAACCAUGUUGUGGUGAUCGGAGGCGACACCGAAUUCUCCGCCAGCUCUGCUUACCGGUUCAACAGCGAGACGUACCAGUGGUCAAAGUUUGGCGACGUGACAGCCAAACGGAUCAGCUGCCAUGCAGUGGCGUCGGGAAACAGACUAUAUGUGGUUGGGGGGUACUUUGGGGCUCAGAGGUGUAAGACACUAGACUGUUACGAUCCAUCGUCGGACUCUUGGGACAGUGUGACCAGUGUGCCCUACUCACUCAUUCCCACUGCCUUCGUCAGCACAUGGAAGUACCUCUCAGCAUAGAGAGAGACGCACUGACUGAGGUUUCAAUGAUCAGCUGUGGUGUCUGGUAUGCAGGCAUGUGUCCCCCCCUUCACUGGCCUACACAGAUGAGGAGGAGGAGAAAAAGAAAGAGUUUGUGUGUUCCUGCUGUGGCUCCAUCCAGCCUGAUUAGCAGUAUCUUCAGCUGCAGAGAAGUGAAGGCCUGUGUCCUGGAAACAGCCCAGAGACUUCCCACCUGAUCUGUUUACUCAUACUUCUUGUGUAACUUUCCCAUGUAGCCACUAGCCUGAGCUGGACUCGUUGCCAUGUAUACUGCAGGGACCUAACAAUCAUCUCUAUAUUAAAUGCGAAGUACAGCCAGGAAACAGACCAAUAGCAUAGAUGUGUGCUCUGGGCAUCUUCAGACGUUUCUCUUUCCACCUCCUGGGGCGAAUCUGCUACUGUGACUGUAUCGGCCCUGCACUGCUCAACUGACUCGCUCCAUCGUCAAACGUGUAUCGUUGAUCAUCAACCAGUAGAUUAGCAGUUUAACAGACUCUGUAAGGACUUAUUAGUGUCUCUCUCGCUGACUUGUUGUUUUACAGUGAACUGAAAAAGAAAGUCGGCUGUCCUUUUGUUGUGGUUUCUCUCCCCUCCUGACACUGGCCGUUUACUCAGGUGUAAUUUAUUUAGACUGCUGAUAGACUGAAUUAGACCUUUGCUAUGCCAUGCGUAUGAGGAAGGAGAGAAGACAUUUGGGGAAGUGUAUGAUUUUGUGCACAGAAACAAUCUUCCUGUCUGUAUUUUUAGACUUUGGACUUGGGCUUCCCUCAAUUUUGGUGAGCUAAAUUUGUAUCUUCCUCCUCCACUUAAAAUACACGAUCGCAAGAGAGAAUGUGGCCCAUUACGGCUGAAGAAGAUACUUUUCUCUUUCAAGAUGUUAUUUCAAACUAUAAUUUUGUCAUUUCUUUCCCUAUUUUUGAUUUGUCUCAGGGUUAUGUAUAGUUUUACCUGUAUUUGUUCAAGGAAGGGUAACAUCUUUGUUUUCUGUCUUUGUUCUGAAAAUUGAAUGUAUUAUUUUGUGAUAAACAAUGUUACAGAACUCUCUCAUUUUAGAAAACAUUCUUACAUUGUUUUGCCGAGUGAAAAUGUAUGAUUACGCUUAAUAGCAGUGGUCAUAUUUAAAACAGAAAUAUUGCCAAAACCUGAAUAGCUAACCUUAGUGCUAUUCUGGAUUUAAAUAAAAACAAAAGCUGAGUGUGUCCAAACAAAUACUUUUGUAGCUAUAUUAUUUUUUCAUUUCAUAUUUCAGGAUCUUUAAUGGAAGUCUUUUGUCUGUAGAGUUUGUAUAUUUGCUUUGUAAUACAUUUGUAGAAGCCUUUUGAUUUGCACAAUUUGUACAAAAAUCUCUUAAUGGUCUUAAUUUUGUAUCUUUGUCUUAACCCAACUUGGGUAGUGUGAAUAAUCAAAGCCUUUUUGUAGCAAAUUAUCAAGUUGUUUCUCUUCAUUUGCUCUGUGUUGCAGUUUUCCCAAAAUGUCAAAGUAUAUAUCAAAUACACUGAUAUAUUAAGCUAUUACUGAUACACCAUCUUUUACUUCAUGUUCCCAUAACUCGUCAAUAAAUAUCUUGCUGAAAACGUA